CCCAAUAGGUCUAACCCCUCUGCCUAGAGCGCAUGCGCAGCCCAAGGCUCCGGCCUGGAGCUCAGCCCACGGGAAUCCCGCCAGAACCCGGGAGCGCGAGACCCCAAGCCAAGGCGGGAAGACUCGCGCAUGCGCAGCCCGGCACGCCAGGCUCGCAGGAUAAGGAAAGGGAGGUGGGGUUUCCAAGAGAGAACUUGACCCGUUAGCAGCCUUGGCCGGCCAUGGCGGCGCGCUCGCCAACCUCACCUCUCCCUUCCCGUCCAGCGCGACAGUUGGGCCCCCGGUCCCCGCGCGUUGAUCUGGGGGCUGACUUACACGCAGUGCGCAGCGAGGGCUCGAGCUUUGCCGGCGCAGCGUGGGAGGGCGACGCGGAUAAAAGUGAUAGAUUUUGGCUGGGCAAUCAAGGGUCAGGGGACACGCGCGGGCCCGGGGGGGAAGUUCCGGCUCAAACUCCCCUCCUCAGCGCGCCCCUGGGGUCCGGGCGGCUAGAGGGCAUCUCGGUAGAGAAGGCGAUGGUGACCCGGACGCAGCUGCUGGAGGAAGAGCUGAGCAGCCUAAAGGAGGAGCUGGCCCUGUGUCAGGCUGAUAAAGAAUUUGUAUGGUCUUUGUGGAAACGUCUUCAAGUAACAAGCCCAGAUCUCACACAUGCCGUCAGUUUGGUUGUGGAAAGAGAAAAACAGAAAUCUGAAGCUAAGGACAGAAAAGUUCUAGAGAUUUUGCAGGUCAAGGAUGCAAAAAUACAAGAAUUGCAACAGAGAGAAUCAUUACUAAAACAGGAAAUAAAUGACCUUGUAAAACGGAAGAUUGAAGUAGAUGAAGAAAAUGCUUUCUUGAGGAAAGAAUUCAGUAACUUGCAAAAGGAAUUUAAAGAUAAAAGUCAAGAAGUUAAGGACACUAAGGAGUAUGUACAGAAUAAAGAAGAGCAAAGCAGACUUGUUAUAAAAAAUCUGGAGGAGGAAAAUGAGAAAUUAAGUAUCCGCUGCAGUGACCUGCUAAAUGACCUGGAGAAACUGAGGAAGGAGGAAACACAUUGGAAAAAAGAAAAAUACAAUAUUGAUGCAAAAAUACAGGCCUUGGAAGAUAAUUUAAUUGAAGCAAGGAAAGAAAUUGAAGUAUCACAGAAUAAAUACAAUGCUCUGUCAUUACAGUUGAAAAAUAAACAGACUGAACUUCUCCAAAAGGAUGUGGAUAUUUCCUUGCUCAGGAAAGAAUUGCAGGAGCUGCAGAAUCUUUACAAACAGAACAGCGCACACACAGCACAGCAAGCAGAGCUGAUCCAGCAGCUUCAGGUUCUCAAUAUGGAUACACAAAAAGUACUGAAAGAUCGGGAAGAUGUUCACACGGCUGAAAGUGUAUCAUAUCAAAAACUUUACAAUGAGUUACAAGUAUGUUUUGAAAUGACAAAGUCAAGUGAAACUGUGCUCCGGCAAAGUAUUGCUGAUCUUCAAGACCAGCUAGUUCAAAAAGAACAAGAAAAUGCAAAAUUAAAAGAAAAACUUCAGAAUUUGCAAGGAACACCCUGUCCUUUACCUCAAGAAGGUGAUUCAGACCGUUCAGCCCAGGUAUCUUAUCCGCCAUUGUCAAGCUUGGAAACAUUAAUGGUGUCACAGAAGUCUGAGAUUGAGUAUUUACAGAAGAAACUGAAAGUAGCAAAUGAAAAGCUGUCUGAGAACAGAGCUAACAAGACUUUUUCAGAGAAGAGCAUAAUGACAACUGUGGAAGGAAAAUAUACGGAACCACCUGUGAAACGUUCAAGGUCUUUGUCCCCAAAGAGCUCUUUCAAAGAUUCAGAGGAACUAAGGAAGCUGAGAAGAGCUGAAAGAAAGAUUGAAAACUUAGAGAAGGCGCUACAACUAAAGAGCCAAGAAAAUGAUGAGCUAAGAGAUGCCCAUGAAAAACGCAAAGAGAGGCUACAGAUGUUACAGACCAACUACAGAGCAGUAAAAGAGCAAUUAAAACAGUGGGAAGAAGGCAGUGGCAUGACUGAUACCAGAAAAUUACAGAGAGCAGAACCCCAACAACUUCAACAAGAAGAUUCCGAUGCUGUAUGGAAUGAACUGGCUUAUUUCAAAAGGGAGAACCAGGAGCUAAUGAUUCAAAAGAUGAAUCUUCAAGAACAAUUGGAUGAACUUAAAAUACAUAUAUCUAUUGAUAAAACAACAAUACAAGAAUUGAAUAGAUAUAUAGCAGAGAAAAGAGAAGAACAACUCUUUAGAUACCAUGAAGAUGAUGGGGUCAAGAAGAGUACUUCAGAGAAGAAUGGGAAAGAAAUAUCAGAGCAGACCUUACAGAAGGUCAUCGAGUUGGAAAAUCGGCUAAAAUCUUUUGAGAAAACAUCAAAAAAAUUAAAAGAAGGAAAUAAACUAUUAUUGAAAGAAAAUGAUUUCUUGAAAGUCCAUUUAAAACAGCAUCAAGAAGAUGCAGAGAACAGAAAAAAAGAGCUAGAACAGAUACUUAAAAGGAGUAAAGAUGUAGAAAAAGACAAAACUAAACUUGAAGUAAAAAUCAGUGAGCUGGAGAGAGAAGUCACUUCCCUAAGGAGACAAGUGGCAGAAGCCAAUGCGUGGAGAAAUGCAGAUGAAGAACCAGUGAAUCCAGUGGAGAAAUUAGAGCACUCUGCAGGCAAAGCUAAAUCUGAGAUGGCCACCACAGAAGUGAGAUCUGGAAAAUACAAUUAUAAGACAACCACUACCAAGGUUAAAUUUAAAGCUGCCAAGAAAAAAUGCUCUUUGGGUCCUCAUCACACUGUUCUCAAUCAUUCCAUCAAGGUUAUGAGCAAUGUGUUUGAGAACCUCAGCAAGGACACCAAGGACGGCUGGGAGGAUGUGAGUGAGAGCAGCAGUGAUUCUGAAACACAGACCUCUGAAAAUUUGGGAACAAUUAUUGUGGAAACAUCCCAAAAAAUAAACCCUACAGAAGAUAAAAGAGACCAGAAACAAAGUGAUAAAACAGAUAAUAACCAAGUGCAAGGAAAAGGAAUAGUACAAACGUAUUCAAAUAUGGAUGAGAAGACUCCAAAGGAUCACAAGAGUAUUAAAAAAAUGACUUUUCAAAAGAAGAGUGAUAGUAUGCAUAAGAGAACACAUGCAGUAGUUCCAAUCAGAGUUAACAGGGAAAAUUUCAAAAAUAUAACUGCCAAGAAAUCAAGUAACAAUAAUGUUUCAUUACGAGAACGGAUUAUAUCCUUGCAACAGCAAAACAAUAUACUCCAAAGUGCCAAAAAAUCAGCAGAGUUGUCUGUUAAAGAAUAUAAAGAAGUUAAUGAAAAACUUCUCCAUCAACAGCAGAUAUCUGAUCAACGAUUACAGACAAGCAGACAGACAAUAAAGAAGCUAAAUUUGGAUUUGGCUGGACUUCAGAAACAAAAUGAAGAUCUACUAAAAAAAGUAGAGUCCCCAUCUGAAAUCCCAAGUUUGGCAGAAGUUGCCAGGGUAGCAGCUACACAUAUACCAGUUACAUCACUGGGCUCCUCAAGGAACAUGGACUUAGAAAUGAAGCAAUUACAGUGUAAAUUAAAGAAUGCAACUAAUGAACUCACUAAACAGACGUCAAAUGUGAAGUCUCUGAAACUUGAACUCCUCUCAAAAGAAGAACACAUAAAGGAAAUGCAUGAAAAGAUUUCUCGAAUGGAGAGGGAUAUAACUAUGAAAAGACAUUUGAUAGAGGACUUCAAAUUUCGUCAGAAAAUAAAUUCAGAAAGUAAUGAGAAUUUUAGUCAGAUGUUAGAAAGUCUUGAAAAAAAGGUAAAGACAUUAACUGAAGAAUGUUCUAAUAAGAAAGUAUUAAUUGAUUCGCUAAGGCAAAGACUUAAUGUUGCUGUAAAAGAGAAGUCACGCUAUGAACAGAUGUGUCAGAAAACUAAGGAGGAGUUAGAGAAAAAGGAUUUCAAGCUUACUCUCCUAGCAUCAAAAGUAAAUGAGAGUGAAUCUGUAAUCGCCGAAAUUGAAACAGCAGCAUCUAAGCAGCUUCAAGGGUUAGCACUGCAAAGUGAGCAAGUUCUAGAAGGUGCCCAGAAGAAACUGCUAAUAUCCAAUGAGAAAGUGGAAGAGUUCACUCUGUUUGUGAAGGCUUUGGUCACAGAGUUACAAAACGAUGUCCUUGUGAUGAGGCAAAAAAUCAGAGCGCUUAAAAAGUUGCAGAAAAACAGAGAAGCUUGUAAAACCUCAACCCAUAAAGCCCAGACCCUGGCAGCUUCUAUUCUGAACAUUUCACGAUCAGAUCUAGAGGAAAUACUGGACACAGAAGACGAGGUGGAAAUGAAAAAGACAAAGAUAGAUGCUGAAAAUGACAAAGAAUGGCUGUUGUACAUCCAGAAACUUCUUGAAGGACAGGUAAAGAAUUAUCCUGAAAGGUAGGCAGGAAAGUUAACCCUCUAUUUGUACUUUUGGACUUAACAAAUGAAACAAAUGCCUUGGGAAAGAGCCAACAUGGGUCUUAGCAAAUGCAUUAAUUAAAUUAUUGAGUCAGCCUCUAUGCUUGCUAGACUGAAAAGGAUCCAUUCUCUCAGACCUCAUAGGAAACAAGGUUCUUUAUUAUGUGUCUUUAAAGUUAGUAGUUGAUAUGGACACCUGAGGAGUUCAUGGGUUUCAGUGACCUUUUACUAUGGACCUGUUUCCAGUCAAUUCAUGUUUUCCUCACAGCCAGACAGCUGUUUAUUACUGUGUCUUCCCGCACUCUCUACAAUAUUUUCUACUGAGACCUCGAGCAGCUUGUUAGUGGGAAGUAAAUAUUGAUUUGGCAUCCUGUCAAUGCAGAAAGAAUGAAAAAAUUUCCACCAGAGGCCCCUCAAACAUUUUCCUAUCGACGUUUUCUGGGCUGAGUGGAAAGCUGCAUAGAGAAUGACAAGGCCAAGACGAGCUGAAAUCCCUGAGGGGUCUAUUGAGACUGCUGCUGUGACCUGUGUGAUACUUUUUCUUCCCUUUCAAGUAUUUUUUUUAAUACACAGAUAGUCUGCUGGGAUGCGCCCCUCUUGUAAGUGAUCAAGGGCAGUUUAUUGGCAGGUGAGAGCCCUGCUUUUCUAGUCAUAGCCAGCUUUUGUUUUGUCAUCAUUGAUAGCAAGUAAUGUAUUCUCAAACUUUUUCAUUAGUUUUUUGCUUAUUCUAAUUGUUUGUUUCAAAAUUGAUAUUGAAUAAAUAAAAAUGAAAACGUCAAAAUUAAAAAAAAUUCGUCCUAUGAUUUUUGAAACAUAAGUGCUUCUCUGUAAAGUUUAAAAACAGAUGCUGACAUUAAGUCUAAUGCUUUAUACUUAUAUUAAUAAAUAACAGUUUCUGUGCUUUUGGUAAAUUGAAAAGCAAAUAAACAAUAUAUAAGUUAACAGUAUUCUUAAUGUCAGUUUUAUAUAUUUUUGAAACAUCUGGAGUCACUUCAAUAAUAAUAAAAGAAUUAGCAAUUUGUUGCUUAAGGUUGUUUAAGUGCAGAUGCACAGGUGUUAGACAAAGCUUUCUGCAGUAACUUGCUUCUGAGAUGGAGACUAUUCUUAAUCAUGUUGUGUACCCAAAAUUCAUCUCAGCACGUGGCACGUAGAGGAGUUCAGUACUAAUUUUUGUGAGUUUUUGUUCUCCAGUUUGAAGAUGAUAAAAUAAACCUUUUAGUGAUCAUAAUCACUUGUAAAUAUGAUCUUGUAUGUCUUUUAAUUAGAAAGUGUAUCUUUAUGACUAUAAAGAAUAAUAUAAAAUAUGUAUAAAUCUUUACCAAAUUUUACUAGUUAUACUAAUACAAGACCUGCUUUUUUGGCUAGCAUGCAUGGAAGUACAUACACACAUCCUACAUUACCUAGAUAUGUGCUAACCCUGUCCAGUUAGUAUAAAAAAAUCCUAUUGAAAAUGGCAUCAGACUACUUAAUACUACAGCUUGAUAUAGUGCCUUUUUGUGCCACUGAGCCUGGACUCUGGAAUAUAAUUGCCUGGUAGUAUUGAUUUAAUUGCCCAGGUUUAUUUGUGGACUCCUAAUUAUUGACUGGAGGUAAAUUUAAUGGAGCAGCCUUUAUGAACACAGGGAAACCGCUGCUGUUGCUGUUAUACAUAAUGAACUGCAUCAUGUGCCUUUAGAUCAUUUUUCAAGCUAAUUUUAUUCCACUGUGACAGUAUGAUAACAUUUAAAAAGUCAAAGACUUUUUAUUUUUAUUACUGACAUAGGUGGUUUUGCUGAUGUCUUUGGAUUUGUGAGGUAAAAAAUAGAGACUUCAUUGGUUGCACUUGAAUGUCACUGUAUAAUUAUGCCCGAGAGAAAAAUCUGUAAAAUGGAAAACAUUUCUUGUUUUUGUUAGCCUUUUUGACUGUUUCAAUCUCAGCAGUUAUAUUUUUCCUGGAUUUUAGAAAACAUUUUCUUUGCCCAUCAUUCUUUCAACAUCCAUGUUUUACUCACAGGAUUAUGCAGGCAAAGUAUAAAUAUGUUUGCUGAUGAAUUUAGUUUAGUUUAUAGCUUGCAUAUUCUUAUAAAUGAGUUUAUAUGAACUGUAAGUUGUAGAAUAACUGAUCACACUCCUUUAAAGUACUAAUUAGUUCAAUAUUCAUGUUUGAAUAUUAAAAUAUUUCAUAGAUAAAAUUGUAAGAAAAUUUUCCUUUCAUAUUCUCCCUCUCCACUGGCUGCUGUUAGAUACAAUCCUAAAAGUAUACGAGUGAAACUGACCCUGUGAUUUUAUCUUUUGUUUAUUGUUAGUUUUCUAUUAAAUUUUUCAUUUGCAUUCAUUUGAUGGUAUUUUAUGUUGGAAAGAAUAUUUACUUUCAAAAUAUGAAAUAUGGUUUGAAAACAGAAACAAAACAUCAGUCUUGCCAUGUGAUGGUGUGAGACUACACAAUACUUACUGCUGCUGUUACUGGACAUACAUGAGAACUAAAAGACCUGCAAUGUUAACUCAUAUAUUUAAUAUAGAAUACAAAUACAUGUUUUCAUUAUUUCAAAUAGUCCUAAUGCAAUUGGUAAUUUUUAUGUAUUUGUGGCUUUUUUUUAAUGACUUACUCUUUUCUCCAGAGAAUUUCUAAUGCUAAGAACCACAUUGGAAAAUUAAAUCUUAAGAUCUACUUUAAUUUUUCUAUGGAACAGUUAGCUUUAUUUUCUUUCAAUAUUUUUACUAAAUUCCUCUUUCACCUUAACAUUUUAAAAUUUAUAACAUACAAAAAACCAAAUUUGUGAUUAUAGUGAGAAUGAAUUUUUUUGGUGGGGGAGAAGCCGAAGUAAUAUAUUUGUAGUUUAAAAAUUUGGGGAAAAAAACAGAGCAAAGAAAAGUAAGCUGGCACCAGACUACAAACUUUUGAGCAGGAAAGGGAUAUAAUCAGUACUGUACUUUAGAAAGAUACAGGAUAGCAGCACAUAGGAUGGUUUGGGGAGAGGAAAAAAAAAAAAAAACUCGAGCAAGAAAAUAAUCUGAGAUCCAGUGAGAGCCUGGAUGUGCCUUGGUCAUAGCAACAGAAAGACCAGAGCUAAAUGUGAACCAUAUCUGAGUGAGUGGAAACAGUGGUAAUGAGAUUGGAUGACGGUGUCAGAAAGAAACUAAGGAUGCUGUUAGGUUUAACAGUGCCCAUGAUGAGAAAGAUGAAAAUCCCUCUAAGAAUUUUAGAGCUCAAAAGAGAUAAAAGCAGGUGUGGUAGGGAAGAGAUGUUAAAUAAUGAUUGACACAUUUAGUAGCUUAAUAAUAUUUAAGGAUUCAGUUCUCCCUCAAUACAUUCAAGCCUUCUUGCUGGCUCUUCUUAGUGAAAUAUAACCAUUUAAGAAUGCAUUUCAAGGGGCUGGGGAUUUAGCUCAGCGGCAUAAGCGCCUGCCUUGCAAGCAGGCAGUCGUGAGUUCGAUCCCUGGUACUGAUAAAAAUGAAAAAGACCAAAAAAAAAAAAAAAAAAAAAAAAAAAGAAUGCAUUUCAGAGAUAAAUAAUGGUGGCACAUACCACAGUCUCAACUCUACUGAAGGCUGGGAGCGGAGGAUUCCUUAAGUCCAGGAACUCAAGGCCAGCCUGGGCACCAGAGCAAGACCAUAUCUUUAAAAAUAAAGCACAAUAAAAAGACAAUUUAAACUCUUACCCUUCAAUAAUGAAAGAUAAAAAUUCAGUUUAAAAAUGCACAAAGGACUUGAGUAGACAUUUCUCCAAGAACAUAUGCAAAUAGCCAAUAAAAAAUGUCAUUAUUAGCCAUUAGGAAAAUGUGAAUCAAAAAGCAAAAUAAUACUUCACACUUACUAUGGUUGCGUCAAUCAAACAGUAACAAGUGUUGACAAAGAUGUAAUUCUGGAACCAUCAUACAUUGCUGGUGGGAAUGUAAAUUGGUGUAGUCCCUGGGAAAACAAUGUAGCACUUCUUAAUGAAGUCAGAAUUACUACAAGACCGAGCAAUUUUACUUCUAAGUUUACACCAACAAGAAAUGAAAAGAUAUGUCCAUUACAAAGGACCAUUAUUUAUUAUAGUUCCAAAGUAGAAACAACCUAAAGGUUUAUUAACUGAUAAAUGGACAAUCAAAAUAUUGUAUUACAUACAACAAAAUAUUAUUCAACUACAAAAUGGAAUGAAAUAUUGAUAUAUACCACAAUAUGGAAAAACCUUGUAAACUUUAGUUGAAGGAAGCUAGGUAGUAUGAUUCCAUUCAUGUGAAAUAUCUAGAAUAGGGAAAUUGUUAAGAUAGAAGGUACCUUAGUGGUUGCUAGGGAAUGGGUGUAGGUGAAGAAUGGCUUCUACUGAGUGAGAGGAUUUUUGAGGGGAAAAGAAUGGUGAAAUUUCCUGGAAUUAGACAGCAAUGAUUAUUUUGACUGUAUUGAAACCAGUUAGUUAUGCACUUUAAAAUGGCAAAUUUUGUUUAGUGUUUUAUCUCUAUUUAAACAAUCCCUUGCUGUGCUCAAUAGUGCAUGCCCUAUAAUCACAGCUACUCAGGAGGCUCAAGCAGGAAGGAUCGAAAGUUGGAGGCCAUCCUGGGCAACUUACUGAGGUCUUGUCACAGUGUAAAGUAAAAACAGCUGAUGGAGCUCAGUAGUACCUGCCUAACAUACACAAGGCCCUGGGUUCCAUCUCCAGUAUAGCUAAUAAUAAUUCCCUAAUAUAUGGUGUAUUAUAAAAGACUAUAUUUUAAACUAAACAUAAAUACAUGAACAUAUAGAUAGAUAAAUAUAGAUAGUUUGUAUCCACAUGUCCCCCUCAAUGCCUCAUGAAAUCAUGGGGAGCAAACUUUUCACAGGUGACUGAAUCUAGAGUUUAUGAUUGAUUCAUAGUGCAAUGCUGGAAUUAAGGAUAUGAGAGCUAUACCCGGCCCAGGGCAGGUGGUCUGCAUACAGUAUAAGGGGCAGCAAGAGGCUUGUCCCUCUCUGGUUGCUUCUGCUGUCUUCCACUGCCAUGAGCCAUGUGCCACCCUGCCCUGGAGCCAGCUAAUUAUAGACUGAAACCUCUACAACAUGUGAGGUAAAUAAGCUUUUUUCCCUUUAACUUUGGGUGGUGGAUAUUUUGGCUUAGCAACAAGAGAAAUGUAACUAAUAUAUAUAUAUAUAUAUAUAUAUAUAUAUAUAUAUAAUGUCGUAGUUAAAACAUAAACUAAACUAAACAUAGUUAAAACAUAAACUAAAAUUUACCAAAUAGUUAACAUAAGUAAAAUCACGGAUAUAUACAUAUAUGUAUAAGAUGUGAUUGAAACAUUUAGUAAAUAUUUACAUUUUAAAAACUUCAUUACAAUAAAAAUCUGUUGUUGUAACCUCUUCAAAAUGUAUCCCUUGCUCCAAACACACUUAUCCCGUCCUCCUUGCCACCGUAUGAGGCAGCUCUGGAAGUCUUCUUUUGUGAAUAUUUAGUUGUGUUCUCAUGGCUGUUCCAUGUCCUGAAUCAACUUAGAAUGUUUACUUUUCUGGUUAUUUUGACUGUGGGGAAGAACAGUAAGGCUCACAGUGCCAGCUCCUGGGAAUAAGGUGGACGAGGAUGCAGCAUAAAAUGUUUCUACAAUCGGACCUCUCUUUUGGAGGACAUGGAGCAGCUUUCACUAUAUAGCACCUCAGAAGAGACACUGAAGUGUCUCCAGAACUGCUUCGGAAAGCGGCAAGGGUGAUGGGAAUAGUGAUGGGGAACAUUUGAGGGGUAUUGGUGACCAUAUGUCUUUAACUGUAAUACAAUUUUCCUUUAAACAUUCCUAUAUAUUUUGAUGUAUGUAUAAUGUAUACAUGUAUAAAACAAAUAAUUUACAUUUAUAACCCAUAGUACAUAUGGUUCUUUACUAGGACUUAUUAAAAAAUCUUUAGCUGUGAAUGGUUAGAAAAAUGUCUUGGUUUUGUUUUCUUGUUGCCUUUUGUUUGCUAGUUCUUCUCUGGAUUUCAUCUAGUCCAUAUUAGUUCUCUUCACAUCAAUCAUUUUUGUAUUAAAACCAAACUAAAAAAAUGUAUCUUUUUCCCUUCAUUUGUUGAGAAUUUAAAGUAGAAUUUUUUUGGUACCAGGAAUUGAACAGUAGUUUUUCUUUAGCUUUCAAUAUUUCUGUUCCUGUUCGUUGCUUCAGAUUUUGCAAAUGCCGAAAUUUCAAAUGGUUCACUUUCCCUAGUGUCCUCUCUGUAAAAUAUGCUUACCUUCCGUAGAGUGCAUUGUAGUAUAGCAGUGGGAAGGGUUUUAUAAAUCUCCCUGGCUUUUGUAAAUAGAGCAUACUGCUGGCCUGAAGGUUAUCUGAAAGUUUCUUCCUCGCAAUACUGAAGACAUUUAUUGUGUGACUGCUUGUUUUGUUGUGCUUAUGUCUAAUGUGCUGUCACACUUGUGUACUAAGACAUCCUCUCUCAUAUGUGCACAUAUCAGCUCACACACACAGACUUAAUCCUCAUGUCUGGCUGAAGUAGCAAGAAUUAAAGUUACCCAGUUAGAUUUGCUGGAAUAUAUAUUUUUUAUUUAUCAAUGUAAAUCCUACUUUCAUAUGUUAGAAAAGAGGCAUUUGUGAUUACAGUUAAAAUGAUCAUUUAAGAUAAAAAAUAACAUUCUAAUCUACAUUUUCAGUUUUUUGUUAAUUCUUGUUUUCUAUAUCAUUUUAAUGGCUCUCUUUGUGGAUAUUUAACUCACUAUAUAUCUUUGUGAUAUAAAUAAACAAGAGUUCUAACUGUUCCAAAAUUAAGUCUUAAUCACUUGUAAAAUGAUUUUUUUCUCAAAAGUUUUUUAUUAACAGCUAGUUCAAUUGAUAUACAUAUUUGAGAUUAGCAAUAUGAUUUAUUCAACAAAUAUGUGUUGAGCAGCUAUUUUAUAGAAAGUUCUGGUCAGAUUGGGAGACAAAUUCAGGCCCUCAAAGAUCUCAAAGCUUGCAGUAACAUAAAUCACAAGUGCAGAUGUGGAGAAAUUGGAACCCUUGUAUACCGCAAUUAGGGAUGUAAAAUAGUAUAAAGCUGCAAUAUGCAAUCUGAAAGCAAUUUCUCAAAAAUUAAGCAUAGAGUUAAUAUAUUAUCCAGACAUUGGGAGACAUUUCUGAGUAUAUCUCCAAAGAAAUAAAGACAGGGACUGAAUGAGAUAUGUGUACAUCAAUAUUCGAAACAUUAUUCACAAUAGCUAAAACCUCCAGACACCCAUGAACAAAUCCUUUUUAUAUAUAAAAUAUACAUAGUAUUGGUACAAUUUUUGUCACUGAAAAAUUACCUUAGAAAAACAACUUGAAGCAAAGUUUAUUUUGGCUUACAGUUCUAGAGAUUUCAAUCCAAGACCAGCAGGUUUUCUUGUUUUUAGGCCUGUGGUGAGGUAAAGACCUUGUGUUGAAAGAGUAUGGCAGGGAAAAGGGUUCACCUUACAGCAGUCAGAAAAUAAGCCAGAGUCAAAAGAAAGAGAUUGAAGCCUAGAUAUAGUCCCCAAGGUCAUACUCCCAUACCAACUCCUGUUAAUGAGGCCCUAACUCUGUCACUUUGCAAUAAUGCCAUCAGAUUAUAAAUCCAUGAGUUGAUUAACCCACUGAUAAAGCUAGAACCCUCGCUAUUCAAUCAUCUUCCAAAGCCUCACUUCUGAAUACAGGAGCCUUUGAGGGGAAUAUUCUGAUUGUUCCUUAACAAGGAACGAAGCACUAUGUUGAUACAGGCUACAGCAUGAAUGAAACUUGAAGAUUUUGCAUAAUAAAGACAUUGUACUAAGUGAAAUGAGCCUGACACAAAUGAAAAAGUACUGUAUGAUUUGCUUAUGGGUUGUAUAUAGAGACAGAAAGUAGAUGGUUGCCACAUGCUGAUGGAGGAUGGAAAUGAGAGGCUGUUGUUCAAUACAAAUGCAGAGUUCUAGUUUGGGAAGUUCAAAAAGUCCUGGAGAUAGGAUGUGGGUGAUGGUUGCACAACAUCAUGAAUGUACUUAAUACCAAUAAAUAAUAAACUUAAAAAUGUUAAUGUGAUAAAAUUUAUGCUGUUUAUAAUGCUUAAAAAUUUUAGUGUAAGGUAGAAUUCCUAGGCAAUAUAUAGGAGCUACAGGUAUUAUUCCUUUCCAGUAUGAUUUUAUUGAUUUAGUUUACAGAGAGUAAUCUUAUCUUGUUGUUUCCAAAACAUUGGGAGGUACUUAUUAGUGUCAGGGCCAAAUUUGAAUGGUCAAAUCCAGUACAGUCGAAUUUUGCCUUCUGGUAGAUAAAUUUCUUGAGGACACAGUCAAUAUUGUUUUAUUUCCUACGAUGUACUGAGGGAAAACAAAAAGUCCAGCAAAUUGUGCCCUGACAUUGUGGAUUACCCAGAGGAUCAGGAUAGAACAAACCACCCCACCUUCUACUCUGAACCCCAGCUUGUGUCCACCCCAUUCUAUUUUCUCAUAACAGUCAACUAAUAAGAGCAUUUUUCAAGUGGAUUUAUAAUCAGGCUUUGUUAUAGCCAACAGACAACAGAUUAAGAUUUAUGAAGGGAAACACUACAAGUAAUAGAAUCAAAACAUCAUACUUAGAAUCUUUGCAUCAUAAAAUAUCUAAACAGCCACUCCUCCUGAGGAUGAACUUUGCCCUGUGGAGUAAUAAAAACUUCAAGACUGUUAAAUGAGUCCAUUUUCAACCUCACAUGCCUUUACUCUUACUCAGUUUCUCCUUAUAUUGUCUCCUUGCGCUAUGCUUGCAGUGGUUUAUGGUCACAAGAUGAGUUUUUGACCUUUCUCAUACUAUCAUGUGAAAUCUCAAAGAAAGUAACCACAGCCUCUUUAACUCAUGUCUUGGUUACUUUUCUCAUUGUCGAGACAAAACACCCGACACCCGAAAAUGGGGAGAGGCUUAUGUGGCUCACUGUCAGUAGAGGUUUCAGUCCAUAAUUGGCUGGCUCAAAAGCAGGGUGGCAUAUGACAGGGUCAACAGUUCAUGGCAGUGGAAAACAGCAAAAGCAACAAGGCUGACACAAGCCUCUGCCUGCCUCUUUUAUGUUGUAUUCAGUGUUCAGGUUUAGGACACUGCCAAUCAGUCAGUGGACUGGCCCAACAAUCUCCCACCCUUAAUCCCAGCCUUGCAGCAGGAAUCAGUCACACUAGGGAAGAGGACUAGACAUAACAAACUUACCAUUAAUAUUUUAAGAAAAUGCAGAUAUUUUUCCCUGGUUAAAAGGAAACUCCAAUAAGUACUUAGUGAACUUUUAAUUCUUGUCUCAUGUAAGACAACAUGGCUAGAAACAUGGAUAAAAGGUUAUUACUAGAGGAAUGGGAGGUGAUUGGAGCAACUUUUCAGACUUUCUUAAAGCUCAUAACUGCAUUGACUGAGGCUAUGUUCUACCAGCAAGCCAGUGAAGCAGAAGGAACAAUAAAACCACUAGAAAAGUUGUUAUCAAUUAUGAAAUUUUUACAUGUACUCACAUUUGAUAAACUCAGCAGUUUUUGAAACAUGUGUAUUACACUUUGAUAUACCAAACUUUAAAAACUUAAUCAAUGAGUAUACUUUUGCCAUUUUUUUCUCUGAAGUUUUAUCCUGCAACUCUUGAGAUGUUCAGCUCUCACACAGACCAGUGUAUUGAUAGUUCUCUCUCAUUCUUUUAUGAGUGAUGAACAUACAGUACCACUUCUGUGAGCCUGAGUGCCCUAGAGAUGACUGUAACCCGCUAUUGAUCAGCUGAUUGAAGAUAAAUGGCUUAGCUGCUUGUAUUGCAGAUUACAUCAUUAACAUGGUCAGUAAACCAUGAAUUGUUCAAUAAGGCGUUUAUCUUUUUUCAUUUUACUUCUGCUCUUUUAUCAUUUUUAUUAGAAAAGACAAAAUUAUGCACCCUAACCAGCAAGAUCAGUUGAAAAGAAAUCUGUUAGGGUGGCCUUAUGGGUUCAGUUACAUAGAGCUAAAUUCUAAUGUGAUUAUAAUUUAGUGGAUAUUUUUGAACAGAAAAAAAUACAGAGUUUUGAUAAUAUUUUUUGUGUGUGUUUCUCUUACAGCGUCCUUUUGCCUCGUUUUUACUAGAAGCAGUACUGGAGAAAAUGAAUGAAAACAAGAAACUACUUGAGGGAUAUUUCACAAUUAUGAAAGAUACUAGAUGAUAUUACAGUGUAGAAAUAGAGAGCUUUUUUCAGAUGUGAAAACUUUUUAUGUGUUUUAUAUGAAAACAUAUAUUGCAAUCUUGACACAGUACUUGCUUCCACUAUCAAUAGACAGGUUCAAUACCAAAAUAAGAAGUCUCUGAAACUAAUUAAUUGCUGAACAAGUGAAAGUAAUUAAGUACAUAGCCACUUAAAAGGAAAUAGUGUAGCAUUUGAUUGUUGAAUACAGAUAUUACCACAAAUCAAUGCAAACUUAAAAAUGAUUUUUUUCAAUGCUUUGGAAGAAACUAGAACAAGUUUGGCAUGCAUGAAUCAAUCAGUAUAAAAAGAAAGAAGUGUAAACUAAGGACUUAAUGUUUUAAAUUUUAUUUUAAAAACUAGAAUUUUUACAUAAAACUACAUGGUUUUAAAAGGGAUUUACUAAAUAUACUUUAUUGCAAGCAAGUAUAGAAUAAAACACCAUAACUUAUGAAUGAUCACUUAAUGAAACAAACUGUAGUCUAAUUAUAUCUAUUCUUAUUGAUAUACUGGGUGAUACAGAAAAGAUUUCUUAUUGAAUGAUUUGCCAAAUAUAAAAACAUCCCCCUAUUUACAAUGUUUUUUGUGGUCAUAUAAAUUAACAAGGCGCUACAAUACAAGCUCAGCACAAUUAAGCUUUAUAAUUCAUACUGCAGUCAGAUAAAUAAAGUUACUUUUUAAACAAU